GGCCGAGCAAACCGGGAGGAGAAGGAGGGGAGAUCCGCCGCCUCCCUUCAUUGCUCACAGACUUGUUCCCUCCCGGUCUGCGGCUGCUGCAGCGGCAGUGGCGGCGGGACGUAGGAGCAGUCCCGAGGCUGGCAGCGGAUGAGACUGGGACGGACUGAGGCCGCCGGAUCUGCCAGUGGCACUGCUGUUUCCCCACGGGCCCUCUCCUAUCUCCCUUCUCUAAGAUGGCAGCCAGCAGCUCUGAGGUCUCUGAGAUGAAGGGGGUAGAAGAUAGUUCCAAGACCCAGACAGAAGGACCUGGCCAUUCUGAAGCUGGACUCGGUCCUGUCCAGGUUGUAGCAGAGAUUCCAGACCAGCCAGAGGCCCUUCAGUCAGGCCCAGAUAUCACGGCAGCCCCUGUGGACUCAGGACCUAAGGCUGAGCUGGCCCCAGAAACCACAGAGACCCCAGUUGAGGCCCCAGAAACAGUCCAGGCCACAGACCUCAGCUUAAACCCAGGAGAAGAACCCAAGGCCAGCCCCAGCCCCAAAGACGAAUGCCAAGAGCCAGCAUCCAAACCAGAUGUGAACAAAGAGGCUGCAGCAGAUCAGGGAUCUGAGCAGCAGUCUGCAGCCCCUCCUGAGCCAAUCUCAGAGCCUGCUUUCCAGUUAAACACCCAGGCAGACCCUCAGCCAACUUCCCAGCCUGCUCCUAAGCUACCCCUCCAGCCAGAGGCCCCCACCCAAGAGGACCCUGCCACUGAGGUCCCGACAGAGAGUAUAGGCGAAAAGCAAGAAAAUGGAGCGGUGGUUCCCCUUCAGGCUGGCGAUGGGGAAGAGGGUCCAGCCCCCCAGCCUCAUUCACCACCCUCAACCAAAACAGCACCAGCCAACGGGGCCCCUCCCCGGGUGCUCCAGAAGCUGGCCGAGGAGGACAGAAAAGGAAGGGGUCAUAGUGGGCAUCCAGGGUCUCCUCGAGGGAGCCUGAGCCGCCAUCCCAGCUCCCAGCUGGCGGGGCCUGGGGUGGAAGGGGGUGAUGGCACCCAGAAACCUCGGGACUACAUCAUCCUUGCCAUCCUGUCCUGCUUCUGCCCCAUGUGGCCUGUCAACAUUGUGGCCUUCGCUUAUGCCGUCAUGUCCCGGAACAGCCUGCAGCAGGGGGACGUGGAUGGGGCUCAGCGUCUGGGCCGAGUAGCCAAGCUCUUAAGCAUCGUGGCGCUGGUAGGGGGGGUCCUCAUCAUCAUCGCCUCCUGCGUCAUCAACUUGGGCGUGUAUAAGUGAGGGGCUCUGCCCUGCAUUCCAAGACUUUUCUUCCUGUUGGGAGCUGUCUUGGGUCCAUCCCUACCCUGGGGGAAGCCCAGUCCAUGGCCCUGGCCCCCAUCCCUAGGGACCAAGGGAGCCUGAGCAGCCUUGUUUACAGCCUCUUCCCUGCUCCUGCAUCCUGCCAGGCUCCCCUGCCAGGCUUAGGCUCCCUUUCUCCCUGCACUUUGGCCUGCGAAUCUCCCCUCCUGCCUCUUGACCUCCCCAACCCUGCACUCUGAAAAACCUCUCUGCACUUCUGGAAGCCUUCCUGAACAUCUAAAUUGUAUUCUGCACCUCUGCAUCUCUCCCAGCACCCCACCCCACCCCACCCCCAGCACUUCUUCCUGCCUCUGGAAUCCUCUGAACCUUAAUUAACCCUGACCUCCUACCUUUCAUUGUCUUGGUACCUAGCCCAUUCUUUUCUUCCCUUCCUUCCCAUCUUUUCCCCUUGCCCCUCCCCUGACCCCUUCUCAGCUUCCCUGAGCAUCUUCACUCUCUGCCGCCAUUUAUUCUGCAAAAACUGCAGUAUUAGGUCAGGCUGAGGGAGGACUGCCUAGCUAGAGGCUCUGACUGUUCUCUACUGGGGACCACCCGGGCCCAGACCGUACUCCGACCCCAAUCCCUAAGGUGCCUAUUGGGUCGAAAAGUUGGCAAGCCAGGCCUCACCUGGGGGACUUGCACAAGGGUGGGAGUCCUCCUUCUGAACAUCAGGGGAGGAAGGAGUGCCGCAGCGGCCGCAGGGUCAGCCUGAGUUGACCUGCCCAUUUGGGCUUUUUGACCUCAGCGUUUCUUGUUUGAAGGUCUGAGGAGUUUGGGCCAUUCACUUGCUUUGUGGACAGUAAAAUUAAAAAAGAAAAAGAGGGAAAAAAAAAAAGGACCAAAGUUCUCAGCUGCGGGGAGCGAGAGAGGGUUGGGGGAGCUCUGUAAUUAUUCUCUGAGAGGAUGAGGGAGGUUUGCACGCGACAGCCCUCUGAGGAGGCAGGGAGCCAGCUGUGAUGCAUUUCGGAGUUGGUGGGGGUUUUUUGUUUCCUUUCUUUCAAAAAAAAAGUUGGGGGAAACUAAACUUCCUUUAAAAAAUCAAACUGAGUCUCCCUUUUUGUAUGCUGAAUGCUGCAUGAUUCUAAAACACCAAUAAACAGAAUGCAUGAGACUCGC